AUGCAUUUCACUAAAGUUACCCUACUUGCCUUGACCGGUCUUGCCUUGGCCCACCCCGGUGCCCAUGAGCCCAAUUCCUACACCCACGCCGCCAAAAGGAACUUCCUGCACAAUGCCCGCAGCAGCCUGGACAAGUGCGCAGACCAAUUGGAGCGACGUGGAGUCAACUCCCGUGCCGAAGCCCGCCGCGCUGCACUCAUGCAUGCAAACAAGAAGCGUGCCAUCUUCUCCCGUGACACCGACAAGGUGGUGAACACUUCGCACCAUUCCAAUCUGCACGUCACCCCGAACACGCCCGAGACGGAGCUUUUCUCCAAGAACCCCGUCUGUAUCCUGGCACCGGAGGGAGAAGUCGGUCCCUUCUGGGUGAAGGGCGAGCUGAUUAGAUCGGAUAUCCGGGACGGACAGGCGGGAAUCCCCAUCAUUCUUGAUGGUCAAUUCAUCGACAUCAACACCUGCGAGCCCAUCAAGGACCUUUACUGGGAUGUGUGGAACUGCAAUGCCACCGGUGUCUACUCUGGAGUCCAAAGCUCGAUGAACGGCAACGGCGACGAUGCCUCGAACCUGAACAAGACUUUCCUGCGCGGUAUCCAGAAGACCGACUCUGAGGGAGUUGCUCAAUUCAAGACUUUGUUCCCCGGUCAUUACUCUGGUCGUGCUACCCAUGUUCAUGUCAUUGCGCACACGAAUGCUCACGUGCUGCCCAACAAUACCCUCACAGGUGGUCAUAUCUCGCAUAUUGGUCAGCUUUUCUUUGACAAGGAGCUUAUCAAUACCGUUGAAGCUACCUAUCCCUACAACACUAGUACUGUUGCCAUCACGGAGAAUGCGGAUGAUCAUGUCGUUCAAGAUGAGACUGAAGACUCUAACUCUGACCCCUUCUUUGAGUAUGCCUACCUUGGUGAUACUAUUGAGGACGGUCUUCUUGCCUGGAUUACUCUGGGUGUCAAUGUCUCCGCCAGCCAUGAUUCUGAUUCUUCUUACGCUGCUAGCCUCACUUCAUCCGGUGGUGUCAGCAACUCGGACGGCUCAUUCCGCUAA